UUUGCUUGUUUAUCUUGUUGCUCAUUCGUUCACAAAAAGCCGAUCGCGUGCGACGUAUUUGCGCGUCUGUGUCCGAUUUUUGUAGUGCGCGCGCUUUUAUAUUUUUCAUGGAAAUUGAUUUUGAUUAAAAAGUUCCAGCCAAAUAAAUAAUUGAAAAAUUGAAAUUGAAUGCCUGUGAAAUUGGCAAAACAUACCAGCUGUCAAAAACCAAUACGAGUGAGUGUGAGUGUUAGUGUGUGUGUGUGUCCGCGCGCGCGCGUUUAUAUUUGUGUUUGUGUGUGUGCGUGUGAGUCUUGUCAGAGUGCGUGAAAAAAUGCACUAAACGAGAAAUCAAAGCAAAUUAGCAAAAACAACAACAAUGCCAAAUUAAAGCUGCACUAACCAAAACGAAAAAAUAAAAAAAAAGUAUACAGAUUUCUAACGAAAAUCAAAAUUGUGAAUUCCGGUUCGCGCACAGAAACAUGCAAAAUACAAUGCAAGCCUUUCCAGCGGCCGCUGCGGAUGCGUCGACGUCUUCGCCUGCGUCGCCGCCGGACUUUGAUUUCCAGAUGCCGUGUCGCUAUUUCAAAAGUUCUUUUGCGCGUUCGCUUUCGCUGAACAACAACAAUGGGAAUGGGAGCAGCGCUUUGGCAUUGCCCAAGAAGUCGCCGCAAAUUGAGGCCAAGCAGCAGCAACUGGGACAGGAGCAGCAACAGGAGUCGCUCUGCUUGACGCCGCCGCCAGCGCUGCCCGCACGACGUCAUACGACGAGCAACAACAACAACAACUUGACACAUUUCAAUGCAGCGCCGGCUAAUCAGCUGCCACCGCUGCAGCAACAACAACAACAGCAACAACAACAGCAACAACUACAACAGCAACAACAACAACAACUACAACUCCAGCGGAAUCUGAAUCUUGCCCUCACUUGGUCAUUGCAGGAUGCCAGUCAUGUUGCCGCACCCAACAACAACAGCUGCAACAACAACUACAACAACAACAACAGCAGCUUGCCACAGCAAGCGGCAGCAGCAGCAGCAGUUGCCGCACAUGAGCAAACGUUAAAUGUCGAGGCUGUCAUAUUGCAAAAUCAGGUGGACACAUUGCAAUGGCAAUUGAAGCAGACAGAAACGAGUUGUGAAAUGUAUCGAGCCGUAAUGGAGGAAGUCGCGCGCUUCUUCGAGCGCUAUCAGCAGCAGCAACAGUUGCAGCAGCCGCAGCAACAACGGCAGCAGCAGCAAGCGAAUCGCCACAGUUUGGGCGGCCUGGGCGAGCAGAUCUCACGCUCGAAGAGUCUGCAUCAUGUGCUGGGCGUGCAGAGCGAUCCCAAUGGCUGCCCGGAGCCUUCAGCUGGCGGCAACAGCUGCGGCGCCUCCUCGGUUGCCUCGUGCAACAGCUCAGCGUCGUAUUUGCGCGCGCGCAGCAGCACGAAUCUGAUGCUAAACAAGUCGAUGAACGAGGAGAACAGCUACGAGAGCAUUGCGCCAGCGGGCAGCUACAAUGCCUUCAAGGAUUUCACCUGGCGACGCUCGCCGAAGAAGUUGGGCGGCUGCAAGUCGCGUCUCUCCUCGCCGGAGGCAGCCGAGGAGAAGCUCAACCAGGAAGCCUUUCGCCUGGCGCGCACCAUACGCAAUCUGCUGCACAUGUCACAGCAGCAGCCGGAUCUCACGCAGCCGCGUCACUCGAUGGUCUCCUUGGGCGCCGGCGGCCAGCGCCUGUGCAAGAAUCAGAAAACCAGCUCAGUGUUGACGCUGCUCGCACCUGCAACUGCACCUGCACCUGCAACGCUGCACAAUUCCACCAGCCUGGAUGUGACGGCCAACCACCCGCCGGCUGUCAAGUGCAACAACGAGCUGGACAACGGCAGCAAUGCCAACAACGCCGCCGUCGCCGCCGCCGCCAGCAGCGCUGAGAUGUUGUUUUUGCGCGCCAACCAAAUGCGUGAUUCGCGCUUGUCGCUGCGCAGCUCCACCGAUAGCUCUGUGCAUUCCACCAUCUCCUCGACGGCCUCGUCCUCAUCCAAAAUCGAAACCGACGAAGAGCACGCGGCCAACAACAACAACAAUAACAAGCCAGCUGCGAGCAACUGCAAUAACAAUGGCUCCAGCACGGAGGAUGAGAGCGGCUUUAGCUCCAUCAGCUCGUUCCAUGACGUGGGUCUGCCGCUCAGCUCCACAUUGAUUGGCGGCAACAAUUGCCGCCUCUCGCUCUCCGCGGAGAGCCGCAACUCGACGCUGAAGUCGGCGCUGAAUGUGGUGGGCGUCCCGCUGCAACCGCUGCAACCGCUGCAGCCACAGCACGCGGCCAGCUGCCAAACGCAAUCGCCAGCGAAAACCUAUCGCAACGCCAAUCGCUAUCAGCGCUUCUCGACGCUCUCCAACGAGGAUGCGGCCGCUGUGCUCUGGGUCUAGGCUGAGCCCAUUCUCGAACCCCCGUUGCCCAAAACCCACCCCAGUGGCAUUUCUCGCUCCAUUUCAAUUAAGUUUUUUAGUUUUUAUGUUCUUCUACUCGCUAGUGCCUCUCUCUCUCUCUCUCUCUCUCUCUCUCUCGUUUAGUUGUUAGCCGUUCCUUAAAUUAAAUUUGAAAUUUUUUGAUUUAUGUACGUUAUGUAUAUGAUAUUAUUUUAAUUAUGUAUAUGUAUUUAGUUUCAGUUUCUUAUUGAAUACGCCGCAUUUCUGCAUUUAAUUAUUUGUAUAGUUACAAACUAAGUUUCGCAGUAUUU